UAAGUGUGUUAUAACCUUAAUAAAACAUAAUAUAAAAACUCUCGGUAUCAACGCUGCACAUAAUUUCCUGUUUUAGUAUAGACAUGAUGAUCGUGCUGUUUAUUGCUAUUGGAGUGAUAGUUUUGAUUUUAUCAUCUCGUAAUUACACGUAUUGGAUUUUUAGAAACGUAAAAUGUGAUCCUCCAAUACCACUUUUCGGCAAUUAUUACAAAGUAUUGUUAGGAAUGAAAACUGAUAUCGAAGACGUAAGUGAUUUAUAUAAGAAGUAUAAAUCUGAAAAGGUAGUCGGCUAUUACCGCGGAACAACUCCAGAACUUAUUAUUCGAGAUCCGGAUAUAAUAAAAAACAUUUUAAAUGUUGAUUUUUCACAUUUCCAUGCUCGCGGAGUAGGAAGAGAUCCAAAAUAUGAACCUCUUAUGUUGAAUGUAUUUUCUAGUGAUGGUGAUCGCUGGAAAUUACUCCGACAUGGUCUUUCACCAGCAUUCACCAGCAACAAAUUACGAAACAUGUUUCCUCUGAUAUUAAAAUGUACAGACAAACUUCAAGCAGUUGCUAAAAUAUUGGCAAAUAAAGGUGAGCAAAUUAGUGCAGUAGAUUUAAUGUCACGUUUUACAAUCGAGUUUAUAGGUGCUUGUGGUUUUGGUCUUGAGAUGAACACAAUAAAUACAGAAAAUUCUCUAUUUAUAAGACUAAGAGAAAUCAUUUUUACAAAAUCUAGAAAACAAAUGCUACUUUUUGCCCUACGUGUUUUAUUUCCUGGUGUUAAGAUUAUUAACAAGAUUCCAAUUGCCAAUGAAGAAGUACAAACUACUAUUCUGGAAAUAAUGAAAUGUAUACGGGAUCAAAGAAACAAUAAACCUUCUGAUAGAAACGAUUUUGUAGAUCUGUUACUAGAAUUAGAAGAAAACAAAAUACUUCGAGGAGAUUCUCUCGAUAUAAAAGACGAGAAUGGAUUACCUAAGAAAGUUGAACUUGAAAUAACACCUAUGAUUUCUGCAUCACAAUUAUUUAUAUUCUUUGCUGCUGGGUUUGAGACUUCAGCUACUGCUAUGAGUUGCACUUUACAUCAACUAGCAUUCCACCCUGAAAUACAAAUAAAAGUGCAUGAAGAAAUUGAUACUGUACUAUCUAAAUACGAUAACAAAAUUUGCUACGAAGCAAUAAUGGAAAUGUCUUACCUGGAAAUGGUUUUCAAAGAAUCUAUGAGAAUAUUUCCUCCAGGUGGAGUGACAUUUCGUGUCUGUAUAAAAAAAUAUAAUAUUCCUGAACUCGGAUUAACUAUAGAAGCUGGAACAAAGAUUAUAAUACCUAUUCAAGCAUUGCACAUGGAUCCAAAAUAUUAUGAUAAUCCAUCAGAAUUUAAACCCGAUAGGUUUUCUCCUGAAUCAGUAAAAACACGGCACAGAUAUGUUUACCUUCCAUUUGGCGAAGGACCUCGAAAAUGUAUAGGUGCUCGCUUAGGGAUUAUAGAAUCGUUGACUGGACUAGUUGGGUUAUUACAAAAAUUCACUGUAGAACCAGCACCAUCAUCUAAGAAAGAUAUCAAAUCCAAAAAGACCGCGUACCUAGUGCAGGUGAACGAUGACGGAGUUCCAGUAAAAUUGAUUCCACGAAAAACACAAAACGCAUAGUAUUUGGGUAAAACCUAAUUUAUAAACAAAAUAUGACAGACAAUUAAUGAUUUUUAUACUUAAAUGAGGGCCUAGCACGA